GUCGCAUAUUUAUGACGUAAUAUGGUGCGCCAGCGGCUUUUGAAUUUGGGUCGCCAGCUGAACGCUGUGUUUUGAAAUAAUCAAUUUAAGUUUUGUACUGUAUCACGAAACGAAGUCGAGCAUUUUUGCAGUUUCUUGCUAUAGACAUAAGUAUUUUAAGGCCGCAUAUGCUGAUAUCAGGCGCAACAAAAACGAAGACUGUGGAUCUCUGUGGCUGACAACAUUCGUUGUGUAUAGCGGUUGUCAUUCCUUAAGAACCAUCAGGCUGAUGAUCAUGGAUUGACGUCGCAACCAUGUAAACGACGACAUCUGAAAAACAGCAAGGGAAACGUUUAAAGUGGAUGGAUGUCGGAGACUAGAGAGACGCUGGCGGAGAGAGAGGCUGCAGCCGAGCUGAAAGGGGGCAGUAAUGUGGACCAUGAAAUACAGCUUCCGUUAAAUGCACAGUACAAAGAGCCUGCCGGGCAAGAUCUGCAAGGGCGAGCGUUUUCACCAUCGCUGGCUUCUCCAGAACGAACAGGGCUGCUGUCGUUGCCAUGGGAGAUGGUGGCUCGUAUCGUCUCCCACCUUCCAGCAGAGUGUGUCAUCACAGUUCUGCCCCAGGUCUGCCGUGCCCUCCGUGAUGUCAGCGAGGACAGUGCUGCCUGGCAGCUGCGGGCUCGCCGGCUCAUCGGGUCUCAGGCCUCUUUCCCCCUGGGGCCGGUGGAUGGCUUUGACUGGCCAGCCGCCUGCCUGGAGAUGGAGCAGCUUAUCGGCGGCUGGGCCAGGCCUGGGGGGGCAGCGGUAGAGGCCGACUGGGACAGGGGGGUCCGAGUGGAGAGCUCCGGGGGCGGGGGCUCCGGGGCUCAUGGAGGGGCCCAUCAGGAGGGAGACGGAGGGCUCGGAAACGAUGGAGAGAGGCGAUCGGGGCAUGGAGCAGGGGGAGCAGUGGAAGACAGAGAAGAGGAAGUGGUAGCAGAGGAGGUGGAGCAGGUGGCUGGGGAAAUGGAGCGGGAGAGAAUGGAAAGAGCCAUGGUGGGUCUGAGUGAAGGACAUGGGCAGGGAGGAGGCGACGACGUUACCGCAGGGCAUGGUGCCCGCCCAGGUGGCCCCCCCAGCCUUGAGCACUUCUGUCUGCCCUCGGCCCACAUCGCCGAAGUCAACUGCUUGUUGCUGGUGGGCCCCGAGGGGGCGCUGUGUGCCUCGGGCUCCCGCGACCGCAAUGUGAUCUUGUGGGACUUGCGGGAGCGGCAGCUGCUGCACACGUUGCGGGCGCCGGGGCUCUUCAGCUCGCACCGCGGCUGGGUGUGGUGCCUGGCUGGCUGUGGGCCGCUGCUCUGCUCAGGCUCCUUUGACAGCACGGUGCGCCUCUGGGACCUGGAGGCUGGUGGUGCCGAGUGUGGCCUCAUCCGGGGCCACGCCGCUGUGCUCUGCCUGUCCUGCCAGGCUGACGUGCUGCUGGCCGGUUCCGUCGACAAGAAGGUCAGCAUCUACGACACCAGGGCCGCGGAGCCCCUGGUGAAGAGCUUGCAUCUCCACGGAAGUGCUGUUCUAUGCCUUGCUGCGGAUGACAAGUACAUCCUGUCUGCAAGCAAAGAUGGCAGCCUGGCCGUGUUUGACUGGCAGGCGGGGAAACUACUCCAGAAAAUGAAGCUGAAGUCCUACAUACGCUCCAUGUCGUAUGGUGGCCAGGAGGUGUGGGCUGGAGAUAACCGCGGCAUCCUGCACACCUUCUCUCUCCAGAACGGCUCCCUCAGGGCGGUGUCACAGUUUGAUGUGGGGCACCGCUCCUUGGUGACGGGGGUCCAUCGAUCCCCCGGGGCCCUCUACACCUGCUCAUCGGACCGGACCAUCAAGGUGCAUCUCCCCUCUGCCCCCCCCAGGACGCUGUGUACGCUGCACCGCCAGUCUGCAGUCAAUGGGCUAAGCGUGGAGGCCGGAGUGCUUGCCGUGGCUUCUGGGAACAUAUGCGUGGAGGUGUGGAAGCCAGCACACCAGUGAGAGGGGGGUAUUUCUUUGUGUCCGACAUGCAGCUCCACCCUCAGCCUGAUGAGCGUGUCUGACAGCUCAGUGCCUUAGACUUCGCAUUAAGCCUUAUUUGUAUAGUAAGGGGACAUAACAAUCGGUCAUUUAAAAUGAUGGAUGUAUGCAGAUACCAUUUGUAAUUUUUCUUUAUUAAAAGUGUCCAAUAAUGCUUUACAGGUGAUUUUUACACAUAUGACUGAAACUAUGAUUUUAAGGUAUGCUGUUUAAAAGUAAUGUGAAAAGGUCGCACUGAUUCUGAGAUGUUCCAGUCAUUGUUUCAAACCGAUAUAUUCCAAUUUCCAUUCCACAAAAGCAGCCUGUGCAGCUGUACAUGAAGGAAAAUUCCAUAACCGUCAUGCAAAUGUAGGGCAUUUAGAUUUGUCUCAUGUGAUUUGAGGCGUUCUUGAUUGUCUCAUGUGAUUGGAGGCAUUUUUGAUUCUGUCAUGUGAUUGGAGGCAUUCUUGAUUGUGUCAUCUGAGCCCUACAAAAAGUUAACUAUUUACAUUUUUAAACAUCAUCAAAUUUGUGUCAUUAUUUUGCACCAGUCAUAUUGGUCUCAAAAAUUAAGUAAUGUAACUUACACGCACAAACCCAGUGACAUCAUCAGUUGUUGCCAAUAACAUAAAUCAUAUUGCAUAAUUAGCAUCAGUUUUGAUUUAAACUACUAAUACUUUUACAUUUUAAUGCAGUCAUGAAAUUGUUUGCACUACUUAAAUACUUUUACAUUUUAAUGCAGUCAUGAAAUUGUCUGCACUAGAAUCACGUUCGGCUUUAAUGCAGGGCCUAAAGCGGUGACAGGCUGCUGAACCCUGGCUGGUGACCUAAUGGUCACCCUUAUGUUUCCGCUGUCACCGUGGAGUUUGUAUCUUAAAAUUAAAUUAUUUGGCUGAAAGUAAAACACUACUUCAGACGUGCAGCUGUUUGUAUGAUGUAUUCAUAAAAUGUAUAAUAAAUGUUUAUGGUGUA